AUAGAGCCGUAGCCUGUUGGUUAUUAACGAAGUGUUGCUACUUUUAUUUUGAAAGUUGGAGCUGUGUAACGCAGUUCCUGAGCAGCGGCUGUGUGGAAGAGUUUCCAGAUGGUGUCCUCCUGUUGGAUUUUACUCUCAGUGAGAUGACGUCUUCAGUCCAUGAAAACUGUGAUCCAGCAGUAGAAAAUGACGUUUGGAAGAAAACCUUUGACAGCUGCACCAUUGCUGAUUCUUGUGAUGAAUAUCUUCGGAGGACACACAUUCAGAUGUCGUCAAUUUGAGUAUCAGAUAGACAAUGAAUGCUGUCCUAAGUGUCCACCUGGAAGUCGAGUUAAAUCACAUUGCACAGAGUUCAGGAGUACUUCCUGUCUGCCCUGCACUGAGGGAACCUUCAUGAAUCAGCCUACAGGACAGACACUGUGUGAUCCCUGUACACGCUGUGAUGCAGGUUCUGGUUUGAAGAUAAAGACGUCAUGUACAACAACAUCAGAUACAGUUUGUGAACCACUGGAGGGAUUCUACUGUUUUGACUCUGCAGAGGACGGCUGUAUGUCAGUACAGAGACACACACUCUGUCGACCAGGACAAUACAUCAGACAAUACGGAACAGCAUUAACAGACACUGAGUGCUCUGACUGCAGUGCUGGAACAUAUUCAGAUGGAACAUUUCCAUCCUGUCGGCCACACACACAAUGUGAAUCAAUGAAUCUUCUGAUAAAAGCAGGAACUGUUUCAACUGAUGCUCAAUGUGAACAAAGUUGGACAGGAAUGGUGGCUGGCAUUGUUUCGGGGAAUUUUCUUAAUUUCUUAAUUGGAACAGCUGCAUUUUUAUUUUACCGUUUCAGGUUGAAGAAAGGAUGUUUAAACAGAGAAAGAGACACUGCCAAUCCAGUAUGAUCAGUGAUGGUUUCAGACAGAAGUCCACAGCAGCAGGACGAGACAGCUCAUAUGUAGAAAUGCAGUCAGGGGAGAAAGAUCUCGACACGGAGUAUAUUGAGGAUGACUGGCACCAUUGAAGUAUUUAAAUCCACCUUUACAUGUAAUAGAUUGAGAGAGACAGUAUAAAAUAUUACACCGUCUACACAUAACUCCUUACAUACUAAAUAAAAUGGACCAUCAGGUUUCACCUUUGUGUAACAAGUGUAAUAGAGAGAUUGGAACAUAUUAUCAUUUCUUCUGGCAAUGUAAAUUGAUAAAAAGAUUUUGGGGUACAUUUCACAGGAACUGAGUGGCAUCAUUCAUGCAAAAGUUAAGAGGGACCCAGGCCUUUUCAUUCUCGGCCUCCCCUCAAGGGAGGUGACUCUAACCCAUUUAAAGUUCAAACUAUGCGAUAAAUUGCUAUUAUUGGUCAGAAAAUGUAUUGUAAUGAAUUGGAUCAAUGAUAAACACCUACUGUCACAUUAUGGUAUAGGGAAAUAUUCAGGGUCCUCCCCCAUGAAAGACUUAGUGCAGUUGCAAAGGGUAACCAGAGGUCUUUCAAUGAAAUGUGGGCUCCUCUGCUUAACUACCUACCUGAGGAUUUUACUGGGCUAGUGAUAAGGGGCCAGUUUUCCCUAAAAUGGCCACGCCCACCUGGGAUAAAUCCAUAAGUGUCUUCUCUUGUACUGUGGUUCUUAAAUACUGUCAUUUUUUAAAAUAUUUCAACUCCACUUGAUGUAUCACUGCUUACUUUUGUAGAAUAUUGGUGCUGUUGUGACUAUGGCUACACUAAUGGACAAUGUGUGUGUAUGCAGAACAAUAUGGAGAGAGGCUCCUGUAUGUACUGUGUACUACAUGUAUAACUUUCUGUUGAAAACCAAUAAAAUUUGUUACAAAAAAAAAGAAGAAGAAA